GGAUGUUCCGAGAGUCAGGACCACUUCUUCCCCCUCUCUCAGAACCACCGGGACCCCACUGGACCUUACUGUAUGUUACUGGACCUUACUAGACCGUGGAAGACAUUCGUGGAUCUUUUUUCUUUUUGUGUGUGUGUGUGGCGGGAUUUCGUCAGUGACGUCACCAUGACUCUGGAGGACGUCUCCGUCAGCAGCGACAGGAUGGAGCAGCUGGGGCGCGCGCUCGAGGAGGUGCUGGUGUCGGCCCGGCUGCGCGAGUCUCUCACCGUGGGCGUGUACGAGUCCGCCAAGCUCAUGAACGCGGACCCGGACAGCGUGCGUCUGUGCGUGCUCGCGGCCGACGUGGAGGACGAGGAUGACGUCGCUCUCCAGAUCCACUUCACGCUGCUUCAAGCCUUCUGCCGCGACUAUGACGUCAACAUGGUGCGCUUGGCGGGAGUGGCGCGCCUGGCGCAGCUGAUCGACGACGGCGGCGGCGGCGGCGGCGAGCCUCGCGACCUGCACUGCAUCCUGGUCACGAGCCCACCCAUGCAGCCGCUGGAAUGCCCCGCCCUCCGUGACGUCAUCGGCUUCUGCGAGGAGAGCCGCGGCAAAAACCAGCGGGUCCCCCGGGUCGACCUGAUGGACCGCUGAACCGCCUCCAGCACACCGCCGAGAGGCGGGGCCAAACGAUCCAGACCAAGAACGAGGCGGACGCCGUCUGCCAGGGUUCCCGGAGGUCCGACAGCGACGCUUCGUGUCCUGCGGGGGGACUCGAGUGAGACCGCAUGGCGCCGGAUGGACAGAUCAUGUGACUGAUGUGUCGGGCAACUUGAUGCUAAGCUAACGAGCUCACUUCAACAAGACACGCCUCCUUCGGGAUGGCGUGGUGACGUUUUGGCGGUGUAGCACAGUGGUCCCCAACCUUUUUGGAGCUGCGCUUGAAAAUUUGUCCCGCGGCCCGGCGGGGGGUAGGUGGAGGAGGGGGGUAUGUGCUGUAUGCACAUAUUGCAUCGUUUUUGUUUGUUUUUUGUCAUUAAAAAGGGAAGUUUUUUUGGGUUAGUGUACUAAUUGUAAGUGUAUCUUGUGUUUUUUAUGUUGAUUUAAUAAAAAAGAAAAAAAUAAUAAUAAAAAAUUAUUCUGUGGUGGUUGGGGACCACUGGUGUAGCAUACAUGUAAUGAGUUACACUACUUUCAAGUAAUCGGAUUACAUUAUUCUAAUGUAAAAAUUAAAAAAAAAGUGUUUACAGUC